GAAGCUGAUGGUCAGGAGACUUGUUUUAGUUUGAGGAGCUUCUUCUCCACGGAGCCGCAUCACACUUCCAUUAAACACCGUGACCGCGCGCGCAGACUUCCUUUCUUCCCUCGCCUUCCUGUGUUUCUUCUAAUAUCUCCUCCUCCAUGGAUGAAACGAGUCCGCUCGUGUCUCCUCUGCGCGACUCCGCCGACUUCGGUGCUUUCACCGCCGAGCCGGCGAGUCCCCGGGGCGGAUUUGGCGGCGCGCCGGGCACGGUGAUCCGCGUCCCGGCAGGGAGUCCCGGGCGCAGCCGGGAGAGGCAGCCGCUCCUGGACCGGGACCGCGGCGGAUCUCCGCGGGACCCGCUCAGAAACGAGUUCCCGGAGGAUCCGGAGUUCAGGGAGAUCAUCCGCAAGGCGGAGAGAGCCAUCGAGGAGGGGAUCUACCCGGAGAGGAUCUACCAGGGAUCCAGCGGGAGCUACUUCGUCAAAGACUCACAAGGGAAGAUCAUCGGCGUGUUCAAGCCAAAGAACGAGGAACCCUAUGGUCAGCUGAACCCCAAGUGGACCAAGUGGCUGCAGAAGCUGUGCUGCCCCUGCUGCUUCGGGCGAGACUGCCUCGUCCUCAAUCAGGGCUAUCUGUCUGAGGCUGGAGCCAGCCUGGUGGACCAGAAACUGGAGCUCAACAUUGUGCCAAGGACCAGGGUGGUGUAUUUGGCGAGUGAGACGUUUAACUACAGUGCCAUAGACAGAGUGAAGUCUCGGGGGAAACGACUCGCUCUGGAGAAAGUGCCCAAAGUGGGGCAGCGUUUCCACAGGAUCGGCCUACCACCUAAGGUCGGAUCAUUCCAGCUCUUCGUAGAUGGUUAUAAAGACGCAGAUUUCUGGCUGAGGAAGUUCGAGACCGAGCCGUUACCCGAAAACAACAACCGUCAGCUCCAGCUCCAGUUCGAGAGGCUGGUGGUGCUGGACUACAUCAUCAGGAACACAGAUCGAGGCAACGACAACUGGCUCAUAAAGUACGACUGCCCAAUGGACAUGUCCGGGAACAGGGACAGUGACUGGGUGGUGGUGAAGGACCCCAUCAUUAAGAUAGCUGCCAUUGAUAACGGCCUGGCGUUUCCCCUUAAACACCCAGAUUCAUGGAGAGCCUACCCGUUCUACUGGGCGUGGCUGAUUCAGGCGAAGGUGCCGUUCUCUCAGGAGAUCAAAGAGCUCGUCUUACCCAAACUGUCUGACCCCAAUUUCAUCAAGGACCUGGAGGAGGACCUGUAUGAGCUCUUUAAGAAAGAUCCAGGUUUUGACAGAGGCCAAUUCCACAAACAGAUCUCAGUAAUGAGAGGACAGAUCCUGAACCUGACCCAGGCCCUGAAGGACGGUAAAUCGCCCCUGCAGCUGGUUCAGAUGCCCCCCGGGAUCGUGGAGACGGCCCGGGCGCCGCAGCGAGCCAACAGCGAGUCCUACACGCAGAGCUUCCAGAGCAGGCGGCCGUUCUUCACGUGGUGGUGAUGCGUACACGGGUAGUGGGCGUGGCUGACCCGAGACCUGCUACUCUUCCUCAUGAACUGCAUUUUGGGAAGGAACCGAACAGAGACGAUGUUGGGGUGAAAGAAGCAGAGGAUCCGCUUCCUUUUAGCCUUUUUGUUUUCCUCCCAGAAUCAAAUCUGAGAUUCCUGGAACAUUAAUAAAGGAACACUGACCUGCCACACUGUUUGCACACACACACACAAUUGUAAUCACACUGGCCAUGGAUGUGCACAUAACCCUGCAGCUCUCUCUCUCGCCCGCACCAUCGCCCUCUGGCUGUGUGGAGGACAAACUGCAUGUCCAUAACCACUGACCCUAAACACGUGUAACUGACCACAACAGUGCCAGACUUCUCU